AUGAUUUCCGGAAUUGCACACAUCAACCUCACCAUCCCUCGGGGAACGCUAGAGCAGGCCGAGGAGUUCUACGGCACCACCCUUGGGCUCAUCUCCGCGCCGGUACCGGAGCUCCAAAAGGGCACGAUUCUAUGGUUCAACAUUGGCUCAAGCGGGCAGCAAAUCCAUAUCUCAUUCGGGACAACUGAUCCCAGUGGCACUCGCCAUCCUUGUUUCAAGCUCCCCUCGCCGGAGGACCUGGAAGAGACCAAGACUAGUAUUUAUGAGCAUCAUGUGCGAGGUGGGUCGGCGGCCCCAAUGGCUGCUGAUAAGCCCGGUGAGAUGAACUCAGGUACUCAAGGGAAGGAAUAUCCCACACGGUUCUUUGCUCGUGACUAUGCGGGAAACCUGCUCGAGUUCACUUUGUAA